GGCCCGUAGCAGGCAGGACUGCCUCUUAUUCCACGAGAGAUAUCCCGAUGCGUUCAUACGGGAGAGCUAUGGCUCGGGUCCGGCCCUGGAGUACAUAGAAAGGGACGCGCCGAGCCCGUGGGUUGCUAUCGACAUGUUUGUGGCCAGCCAGCGACGCGCUUUGAGCCAACUUUUUCUGGGCCUGUUGCUGUACCUCCCUCAUCCACCUAUUUAAACCCCAACACCUCCCGCCUUUUCCUUCCUCACCACCCGCCCCGCUGCUCCCCCUCAUCGCAACCAACGACGAGCACAUACUCAUCCCAGUAGACGCCAGCGAGCAGAACACCGAACUUCGAGUCAUCUAACAACCCAUAGCUUUCCAAUGGAUCACCGUCGUGUCCGCUUCAAUAGUGAUCCAGUGGAUAGCUACAGGCCUAUCUCGCCGUCGUCCUCAGAGACAGACAGUAUCGAGUCUGACCCGGGUCCAUCUACACCACCCUCACCCACGUAUACCAACCUGUACAACCUCGCCACACCGCCCACUCCCACACUCGGUCUCAACACCCCCACUCAAUCCUCCCAACGCACGCCACGCGCGAGCUACCAGCCCCAAGUCUACACCCCGUCACCCGUCUCGACCAACCUCUCUCCGUCCGAACUAUUCUCGAAUCUCCCACCCUCCCGACCCGGUCACGCACGCGGUGACUCGUACUCGUCCGGAGGGUAUCUCCACCCGCAACCUCCUCCCGUGCCUGUCACCAUCAAUCCCGCCCUCGCAUCCCCUCAUCUCGUCUUUGACCUUUCCGCACCCCCGAACCGUCAGAGUCUUCACCUGCCCGCCUCCGCACUCGCCGCACCCGCCACAUUCCCACCGGUACCCUCCAUCGUGCUCCAGUGCCCGUCCUUGCCCUGGAAUAUCACCGUCGAGCCUUCGCCCACUGCCUCACCCAACAGCGCAAAGUUCAUCUCGGUACAGGACGUGCUCGACGCCCUGUACAGCAAUAUGAGGACGCCGGUGAAGGAGGCGGAGUUUAAGGCUCUGGCUCCGGCCAUGGGCAAGGCCGUGAGCGAUGCGUUCGAAAAGAGGUGGAGGGCGUUCGUGAACGGGAUGGAGAGGGAGAAGGAGAGGGGAAAGGGCGUGAAGAGGGUCGAUUUCUUGGUCGGCAAGACGAGGGUGGACGGUUUGAAUAAGACCUCGGGGACGAAAGACGAUUCUUGGGUGUUCAAUGUGCGGUGAUGAACGGUCCUGGUGACGACCGCGUUUUGCUAUUUAUUGGUUCCCACGCAUGCAGUAUAAUCAACGACGAUGAAGAAGAAAACGAAGAAGAAUUCCCUAAAUCAAUCCAAAAGCAUCUGUACUCUCCACACGUCCCGCUAGGCAGUGCGCCUCCGGUUCAUUAGUUGUCUGUUGUCUAUUAUAUGUAACAUACCCCGUCUCCAUCUCGUUCCCCAUUCCGAACCGUCUCCAUCAUCGACAUCGACAUCAUCAUUGCCCCUUUGCCUCCCAUCCCGUCCCGUCCCUCCCAUCACACGCCACGCACUCCUCAUCAGUCAUCACCGUCCUCCUCCCACCUAUCCCCAUCCGUUUCAAUUUCACUUCCGACUGGCUCGACGCCACUUGAUUUUCUAUUCUACAGUAUACGUACCUUAUUCCCUUCCUUUUAUUCUUCCCUCUUCCGCCACACCGCCGCCCACACCGCCGCUCAUCACCGGUCACCAACGGACGGUCUACAUAUCACUAUUCCCUCACCUUAUUCGCUUUCGCUCUCGUUGUCAAGCUGCCGCUUAACAUUAUCCUUUAUCCUUUAUCCCUUAUCCUUUAUCCUUUAUCUUCUGACUUCUGGUUUUUUGAUUCUGCACCGUUACCGUUACCGUUACUGUUACCGUUACUGCUCUCCGCCCGUCAUCCGUCCGUCGCAAACCAUCGUACGCUCUCCGCUCUAGCUAUCUCGCCCCUUAAUUCGAUUCCUCCUUCCCCAUUCCUGGCUUUUCUCCUCCUUCCUCCUUAUGCCGCUUUUUCUUUGGGUUGUUACGUACAUUUAUGUCCAUUCUUCCCUCCAUUCAUUCCUGGUUUCUUUUUGUGUUUGUGUAUGUCUUAUGAACGAGACGAACGAAACGAACUCGAUAGAUUCUUUACUUAAAGCUUGAACGUUGAUCAUCCAUGCACUGUCUUUUUUCGGUCUCUGAAUCCCCUUGAAUAUCUUUGGACUCCUUUCUCCCGCUUCCAUCCCCGCCUUCCCACCUUCGCAACCC